CCCGCGCCCCUGCCAUGCGCGCGGCUAGGAAGGGCCGCCUCGGCGACGAGCCGCCGCCACGCGCCCCCCACUCCAAUGAGCAGGUGCUGGGCGCUGGAGUCACCUACGUCGUUAAGUACUUGGGGUGCAUUGAAGUUCUGCGCUCAAUGAGGUCUCUUGACUUCAGUACAAGAACACAAAUUACCAGGGAAGCCAUCAGCCGCAUCUGUGAAGCCACCCCUGGCACCAAGGGAACCUUCAAGAAGAGAAAGCCUCCCAGCAAAAUGCUGUCCAGCAUUUUGGGCAAGAGCAACCUCCAGUUUGCGGGCAUGAACAUCUCCCUGACCAUAUCCACAGCCAGCCUGAACCUGCGCACGCCAGACUCCAAACAGAUUAUAGCAAACCACCACAUGCAAUCCAUCUCCUUCGCCUCGGGGGGAGACCCGGACACGACAGACUAUGUUGCAUAUGUAGCCAAGGACCCUGUUAAUCGCAGAGCUUGUCACAUUCUGGAAUGCUGUGAUGGGCUGGCCCAGGAUGUCAUUGGCUCCAUCGGACAAGCUUUCGAGCUCCGGUUUAAGCAAUACCUGCAGUGUCCUUCCAAGAUUCCUGCUCUCCAUGACCGAAUGCAGAGUCUGGAUGAGCCAUGGACAGAAGAGGAGGGAGAGGCCUCAGACCACCCCUAUUAUAACAGCAUUCCAAGCAAGACCCCUCCUCCAGGGGGGUUUGUGGAUGCCCGACUGAAAGCCAGACCCCAGGCUCCUGACAUGACCCAGUUUGCAGGGAAAGAGCAAACUUACUACCAGGGACGACACUUCGGAGACCCGUUCUGUGAAGACUGGCAGCAAACACCUGUCAGGCAAGGGUCGUUGGACAUCUACAGCAUGCCAGAGGGGAAGGCGCACUUGGCUCCUGCUGGAGAAGCUCCCACCUACGUCAACACCCAGCACCUCCCGCUGCAGGCCGGAACGGCCUCCGGCAGCAGUGCAGAGAGCAGCCCGCGCAAAGACCUCUUUGACAUGAAACCGUUCGAAGACGCACUCAGGAACCAGUCCUUGGGGCCUGUGCUGAGCAAGGCGGCCUCUGUGGAGUGCAUCAGCCCCAUCUCGCCCAGAGCCCCCGAUGCCCAGAUGCUGGAAGAGCUGAACGCAGAACCUUGGUACCAAGGAGAGAUGAGCAGGAAGGAGGCAGAGGGGCUGCUGAAGAGAGACGGGGACUUCCUGGUCAGGAAGAGCACCACCAACCCAGGCUCCUUCGUCCUCACUGGCAUGCACAACGGCCAGGCCAAGCACCUGCUGCUCGUGGACCCGGAAGGCACGAUCCGAACAAAGGACAGGGUUUUUGACAGCAUCAGCCACCUGGUCAACCAUCACCUGGAGAACAGCCUGCCCAUCAUCUCCGCUGGAAGCGAGCUCUGCCUCCAGCAGCCGGUGGAGAGGCGCACCUGACAGCUCUGCCUGUCCCCCCACAGCCGCGGUGGCCAGGAGGACCGAUUCUUUGGCAGA